AUGGACCGAGCGAUCGAACAUUUCAAGAGUCUACAUCCUGAUGAGCUAAACUUGCUGCGCGUGAUCGUCGUAGAUAAGGAUCUGAACGAGGUUCGAGUUCUGCAGUCGCACUUUGGUGAAGCGCGUGUACUUAUUUGCCACUUCCAUGUGAUCAAAUACUUGAAGGAGAAGCGCUCGAAACCAGAAUUUGGCAAGGUUUCUUCUGAUGAUGCUUCGCAGAUCGACGCUGCACUCCACAAGAUGGUGUAUGCGGCCAGCCAAGACGAGUACGACACCACUCGAGACUCUUUGAAGCGGUUGUGUACAAGAAUUGGACUGGAUGAGUUUUUCGAGUACUUCAUGCGGAACUGGGAUUCUUGCCAGGAUAUGUGGGUUAUGCAUUUGCGAGCUAAGCUUGCUCACUACAAGAACCAUACGAAUAAUCGGCUGGAGAAUUUUUUCGGGAAGUUGAAGGAGGUUAUCAACAGCAGUAUGAGCUUGGCUCAAUGUGUGGAAGCCCUCGUUGCAGCUGACAGACGUGCAGAGAAAGAAUACAAGUACAAAUUGUCGCGCAUUGGUCGAUUCGUUAACUCGAACUACGACGAGGAGAUGGGGAAUGUGCUGAGGUCCACCACUCACUUCGUUGCGGAGCAAAUUGAACCCCAAUACGCCGCUGCAUUGUCAAAAGCUGAAACAUACUCGUACGAGGCUCACAAGAACAAUUCGGAUGAGGUUCUUGUGCUCGGAACCUUUUCGUGCCAUGUACUCAACACAAACGACUGGCGUUGCGACUGUGAAUUUUCGAAAAGUAUGCGCUUGCCAUGCCGUCAUGCCAUCGCGUACAGGCGCCACAUUCAGUUCGCAGGACCAAUGAUCCCAUGGAGUUGUAUUGACGAAAGAUGGACAAGUCCUGUCACCAAGCUCAAGGUGGUGUGGCAGCUGCAGUACGAAAACUUUCAAAGCGAUAUACGUGAAAACCAACGAAAGAAACGAAGGACCCAAGCGGAUCGCUAUAAAGAAGCUGUUCGAGCGACGCAUUUGAUAGCGUCGGAACUCGCUGAUCUGUCGGACGACCAGGACUUUGAGGACAUGCUUCAGUAUGUAUUGGAGCAGUGGAGACACGUGAGGCAGAAGGUGAAGCUGCCUCUUCAAGGCACAGAACUCAAGCGCGAGAGUGAAGAAGUGUCAGAAGAUUCGACUGAGAGCCAAACACUGAACAUCGAGAAGAAAGAUACGCGAGAAGCAGGUUUAAGGGUUCGCAUCAAUUCAAAAGCGAGGAAGGUGGGGCGUCCGCAGAAACACCGAAAGACAACUGCUGCAAGUGAGCGAGCCGACCGUAAAUGGUACAAGGCUUCCGAGUCUGGACGUGCUUUAGCCGGAGCUGAUACUCUAGAAGAGCUCUGGUAUUCUUUGUCGCGCGAUCAGCCUGGACUUCAAGAAACUGAACGGCGUUUGUCUGGAGUGCUGAUCAAGUAUCAUCAGACCACCGACAAGAAGCCCUUGUUUAGAAAAAUGCGAAAUCCUGUACUAGUCCUGGAUCCGUUCUACAUCCUACCAUCCAAGCUUCUUGAUCACUGUAUGAAGGUUCUUCCUGUGGGAAACACAUUGCAUCAAGCAGUCAAGGAAUCAACACGCACAAAUGGAUCCUCGAGGAAGGCCUCUCUGCGCUCCCUGCGCAAUACCACUACUUGGCAAAGCAAGUUGCAGACGAAGUUAUGA